UGUCUUUCUCUUUCCUUUGUUUCGAUUUUCAAUUUGGCAAAUCACACCCGUACAAACUAGAUCAAUCUCACACUCUUCCUCUUCUUUUCACUGUCUUUUGCUUGUCGCCUUUCAGAUUAUUCAGUUGUCUGCUGGAUUUUUCUGUUUGAUUUAAUCAGAAAAAGCCUUCAAUUUUGGAUGUUUUUGAAAUCUUCUGGUUGUGCUGUUAUUAUUGAACAAUUGAUUUGGGCCAAAUAAACCCUAAACUUCCGUUUGGGCCAAGUUGUACAAAUACUACUUUUUUAAAGCCUGAUUAGCCCAAUACAGCAAUACCAUUACCCAGUACCGACAUAGGCCUAAAACUUUGUGCCCCUCUCUCUCCUUCUCUCAUCGCUGCAAUUUUCUCAGUUCAAGAAGCAGGAAGAGGCUUGGCCAACCUUAAUUCAUAAGGAAUACAAACCUUAGUUAUAUUUAUAAGGGUUCGCACUCGCCUAUGAAUUCCACCGCUUUAUCGGAGUAAUUGAUUGAGUUUUAAGAGGCAUAUGAAUGGCUUGGAGAGCAGCUUGGAAAAGGGGUGUUCAUGUUGGUCCUAUUAGAGCUUGGACUUCAACAUCACUAGGGCGUACAGUAGAUUUAAGUAAUCUUGAGGUUGCAGUAAAAGCAGUUUCUUCAGUCAAAGAGCUACCUGAUUUUCAUUUCCGCUCAUUUUUAUGGGCUAAGCACAUUUUCUCUACAAAAGAGUCCUUUACAAGAUGCUUUCAUGCCACUCCAGAACUAUUGGCUAGAAGAAGAAAUAAUGAUGAGGCAGUUGGUCUGAAGAUCCAGACUAAAGGAAAGUUUAAGAAAAAGGACAGAAGCAAGACCCAGCCACCUGUCGAAGCUCCAUAUGUGCCUCCUAAACUUAAAAGAAGUGCCAAGUCUUUGCAAGAUAAAACAGUUGACAUAUUUGAAGGCAUGACUGUUGUUGAGCUCUCUAAGCGCACCGGUGAGUCCAUUGCCACCUUGCAGGACAUUCUGGUUAAUGUCGGGGAAAAGGCUGGCUCAGAAUUUGAUGCCCUCACCAUUGAUGUUUCAGAGUUGGUGGCCAUGGAAGUUGGGGUUAAUGUGAGGAGACAACACUCCAAUGAAGGUGUAGAAAUUCUUCCACGUCCUCCUGUUGUGACAGUCAUGGGUCAUGUUGACCAUGGUAAAACUUCACUUUUAGAUGCUUUGCGUCAAACAUCAGUGGCAGCCAAGGAAGCUGGAGGCAUAACUCAGCAUCUAGGUGCUUUUGUUGUGAGCAUGCCAUCAGGGUCAUCAAUUACAUUCCUUGACACUCCUGGUCAUGCUGCAUUUAGUGCAAUGCGAGCACGUGGUGCUGCAGUGACAGAUUUAGUUGUGCUUGUUGUAGCUGCUGAUGAUGGGGUGAUGCCUCAAACUCUUGAAGCCAUGUCCCAUGCAAAAGCAGCUAAUGUACCAAUUGUAGUUGCAAUUAAUAAAUGUGACAAACCAGCAGCCAAUCCGGAGAGAGUUAAAAUCCAGCUUGCAUCAGAGGGCUUGCAGCUGGAGGAGAUGGGUGGGGAUGUUCAGGUUAUUGAAGUUUCGGCUAUUACAAAAACUGGAUUGGAUGACUUGGAGGACGCUUUACUUCUUCAGGCAGAGCUCAUGGAUCUAAAAGCACGUGUUGAUGGCCCUGCUCAAGCUUAUGUAGUCGAGGCAAGACUUGACAAAGGACGUGGUCCAUUAGCUACUGCAAUAGUGAAGGCAGGAACUUUGGUUUGUGGGCAGCAUGUGGUUGUUGGUUCAGAGUGGGGUAGAAUAAGGGCUAUCAGGGAUACAGCGGGCAAGUUAACUGAUAGGGCUAGACCUUCAAUGCCAGUUGAGAUUGAAGGUCUUAAGGGGCUUCCUAGGGCUGGUGAUGACAUUGUUGUUGUUGAGUCUGAGGAGCGAGCUCGAAUGCUUAGUGCAGGGAGAAAAAGGAAAUUUGAGAAAGACAGGCUUAGGCAGAUGAUUGAUGAAAGGACAGAAAACACAGAAGAACCAUUGGACGACAUGCCUGUGCCUGAAAGGGUCGAAAUGCCAAUGAUUGUAAAAGGAGAUGUGCAGGGAACUGUCCAAGCUGUCACAGAUGCACUGAAGACAUUGAACAGUCCCCAGGUAUUUGUUAAUGUAGUCCACGUUGGUGUUGGGCCUAUUUCUCAGUCUGAUGUGGACUUGGCACAAGCCUGUGGUGCAUGUAUAGUUGGAUUCAACGUAAAGACUCCAUCUGCUGCUAUCAGUUUGGCUGCAACUCAAGCUAAGAUACGGAUAAUGCAACACCGUGUGAUCUAUCACCUUUUGGAGGAAGUUGGCAACUUAAUAGUGGAUAAGGCCCCUGGAACUUGUGAGAUCCAGGUAGCUGGGGAGGCUGAAGUACUUAAUAUCUUUGAGCUUAAAGGGAGGAGCAGGUCUGUCGGAGAUGAUGUGAAGAUUGCUGGCUGCAGGGUUAUAGAUGGCUUUGUUGCUAAAUCAGCAAUCAUGAGACUCCUGAGGAGUGGGGAAGUGGUGUUCGAAGGAUCUUGCACGUCUCUAAAGCGGGAGAAGCAAGACGUGGAGAGAGUAGGGAAGGGAAAUGAAUGUGGACUUGUAAUCGGCAAUUGUGAUGAUUUCCAGAUCGGAGACGUCAUCCAGUGCUUGGAGCAAGUGGUUAGGAAGCCAAAGUUCAUUUCAUCGCAAAGCGGUGCUGUUCGAAUUGAGUGCUGAUAGUGCUGCAUUUAUUCCUGCAUUUUGUUGAGGUCAAAUGAAUCCUUUCCUCAUAAGCAGGAUCAAACAUAAUUUUGCUCAAUUUUGUAAGCUGUGAGAAUUCCAAGUUGGGAAUUGACAUAAAUUUUGUUGUACAUUUAGGCACUUAGUAAUUAUAGAACCAAGCCAACUGGGAUAUAUCUAGUUAGCUACUUCAUUCUUUAUGCACAGCAUGUGAUAAAUGACACAAUGCUUAGUUUUGUGCAAUACACUUCGAUUGCUUUUCUUAGGUUGUACAAUUUUCAUAAGUGCCUUUUAUGCAUUGGCAAAGACUAUUAAUUUUAAA